AGAAAAAGGGGGCCUGUGACCAAAGACUCUUCUGCUACUCGGAGACAUCAGCUUUCUUUUACUUCCUCCUCGAUUGUGAUUUAGAGACACACUUACGGAUUGUUUUAGACCUAUUUUGUUCGUGUACCGUGAAAGAGUGGGGAUUGAUUUCGUCUGAAAGAUUCACACAAAGUACUUUUGACUUAGCCAAGUUUAAAGUUAUGGCACUAGUGAAAGAGGACUGCUGUGAGGAGUCGCAUAAGUAUAUGGGUUUUGCUCUGCACCAGGCUAAGCUUGCUCUAGAAGCUCUUGAAGUUCCCGUGGGAUGUGUCAUUCUUGAGGAGGGUAACAUCAUCGCUUCAGGGCGAAACCGAACUAAUGAGACACGCAAUGCCACAAGACAUGCAGAGAUGGAAGCAAUCGAUGAACUUAUUGGACAAUGGCAGAAAGAUAGGCUCUCACCUUCACAAGUCGCUGAGAAAUUCUCGAAGUGCGUUCUUUACGUAACAUGUGAACCUUGCAUAAUGUGUGCAUCUGCCUUAUCGUUUCUCGGUAUAAAGGAAGUGUAUUAUGGAUGCGGAAAUGAUAAAUUUGGGGGUUGUGGUUCCAUAUUGUCACUUCACAUAGGGAGUUCUCAGGCUGAACAAGGUCAAGGAGGAAAAGGGUACAAGUGCAGAGGAGGAAUAAUGGCAGACGAAGCUGUCUCUCUUUUCAAAUGUUUCUACGAGCAAGGCAAUCCCAACGCCCCAAAGCCACACCGUCCUGUAGUUCAAAGAGAGAUGGGUUAGAGGCGAACAUGUUGCGAAAAUUGGUGUUUUUAAUUAGGAUAUGAAGAAGUUGAGGUAGAGUUUGUCGAAUAAUGAUUCUACAUAUGGAACGUUAUCAGUUAGUUAUAUCCAAUACAUAUGUAUAACCUCUUAAGUUGGAUAUUUCAAUUUUGAGCUACUUAAGGAAUUAGCUGCUGUUUGUAACUUUUUUCUUGUGUUGGUAGAUAAUUAGACAUGACCAUCAUGAGAAGUAGAAAAGGUGAACUCUGUUUUCUAUCCAUAAACACUCUAACAGACUUGUUCUUUUA